AUGUCAUCCGAACUUUGUGGUCGCCAGAAGGGCACGGAUCAAGUCUCCAAGUACGAGGUGGUUGGUCGGCACCCUUGUAGCAAGACCAAAAUUUUGUGUACUUUGGUAACCUGGAGCAGACUUUUCGGAGGCGAUGCAGAUCCCGGCAGACACGAGGCGGCUCAGCUGUUUGUAGUUCCGUUGAGAAAAAUCCAAUGGGGACAAAGAGGCCCGAAAUGCGUCGUCAAUUCGGCUACCGCGGAAGCUCUGCUCCCAGCCUCUGGUAUGAAGGACUUGGCACUGACGACGCACAGAAGCCUGUUCAUUCAAGCUGGCAAGAUCGCCACUGUCUCAACCUUGAAAGUCAGCUCUGCAGCCAAGCUGAGAACCUUGCAUAUCGCACUGCAUCGAGCUUGCAGCUACUCCGCAUCAACGACGGACGGCGAAAACCACUUGAUUGCUGAGUACUGCCGUGUGCCGGAAACACUCGCCACCCUUCUCGCCUUUAAACGUGAGGCAACGUCAGCCACUAAAAGUUACACUUGCCCUCACGACAUUCUAAGCCCUUGUGUUUCGUCUUAA